ACAGAUAAUCCAUCGCUUUUGUCUCUUCCCAUCACUUUCUCACUCUCACAACAACACUCUCUCUUUUUAACUCCCAAACCGCAUCCACAUUGAUACCUCUUCUUUUCCCUCUUGUGUUCCAAUAUUCUCUCACCACCAUCUCCACCUGCAUUCAAUUCAAUUCAAUUCAACAUCUUCACCCAAAUAAUUAUUACUCUCGAGACUCUCACUUACAUUCCCAAAAUGGUUUCUAGAGCUCGUUGGCGCCAGAGUUGGGCUCCACAGCCUUUGACUCCCUUAAUGGAAGGCCCUGGCCCUGAAAUGCAAGAAGAAGGGACCAAGAAAGAGAGCUCUUGGGAAGUCAUAAGGGAAUGGUUCAGGACUCAGAAGAUCUCACCUGGUGCUGGAAGCUUCUCACAAUCAUCCUCUUUCUAUGGAACCAUCCAUGCCAAGACACAAGAUUUGAGGCUCUUGCUUGGUGUCUUGGGCUGCCCCUUGGCUCCUAUUCCUUCAGCCCAUGAUCCCUCUCUUAGCAUUCACAUCAAAGACACCCCAUUUGAAACUUCAACAGCCAAAUACAUUAUACAGCAGUAUUUGGCUGCCACAGGGUGCCUAAAACAGCAGAAGGACACUAAGAACAUGUAUGCGACUGGGAUGGUGAAGAUGAUUUGCUGUGAGACAGAGAUUUCAUCAGGGAAGAAUGUCAAGUGUUUGGGGACAAGAAGCAGUGAAAAUGGUUGCUUUGUGCUUUGGCAGAUGCUACCUGGGAUGUGGUCUCUUGAGUUGGUGGUUGGUGACCACAAGGUGGUUGCAGGCAGCAACGGCAAGACCGUGUGGCGGCACACACCUUGGCUAGGCACACAUGCAGCCAAAGGCCCUCAAAGACCCCUUCGACGCAUUAUUCAGGGUUUGGAUCCGAAGAGCACAGCGAGUCUGUUCACGAACGCACAAUGCCUGGGUGAGAAUCGAAUCGGGAGCGUGGAUUGCUUCGUGUUAAAAGUUAGCGCAGAUCGUGCGGCUGUGAUCGAACGGAGCGAGGGUCCUGCAGAGGUGAUAAGGCACAUACUAUACGGCUACUUUUGCCAAAAGAGUGGACUCCUCAUAUACCUCGAAGACUCACACCUCACGCGGGUCCCAACGCAGGACAAUGAUACGGUGUACUGGGAGACCACCAUAGGGAGCAGCAUCGGCGACUACAGAGACGUCGAUGGGGUCAUGAUCGCGCAUCAAGGGCGCUCCAUCGCCACCGUCUUCCGCUUCGGUGAACUCUCCAUGCAGCACAGCAGAACCCGGAUGGAGGAGGUUUGGACUAUUGAUGACGUCAUGUUCAAUGUGCCCGGACUCUCCAUGGAUCAUUUCAUUCCUCCGGCUGAUAUCUUUGACAAUAUAAGUUCUCCAUGAUGAUGAUGAUCAUCAUCAUCAUAACCUAACUUUAUUAGAGGAGAAUAUUGGUUACUUUUUUUUAAAAAAAAAUUUUCUUUUUUGUUAAUGUGAAAUUGUAAUAUUACUUAAUUUGGGGGGUGGUAUAAUGAAAGGAUUGGUGGGAAGGUGUAAUUUUACUUGUCUUCUUUGUUCUUCUUGUUUGCUAAUGUGUAAGGUUAGUUAGUUUGUGUUUUGAAGUCAUUAAGCUCAAAUGACGGGUUCAAGAGGGGGAUAUGGAAUAAGUUACUCAAGUGGUAUAAGAUGGUGAAUUGAUGAUGAUGGAUGGCACAUAUUUAAGUA